AUGUUUGUGUACCCCCGUGACUACCCACGGAGGCUGGCCAUCAACCCCAACAUCGGGGAGUUCUGGAUGCUGAUCGACGCCCACUGGGUUUCUCGGCUCUUCAGGGAAGACGCGUUGUCCCCCACGGCGGCGGCGGCGCCUCCAUCCGCAGGCUUCAACGCCGCCUUUCGACGGGCGGCCCCGACCAGAGGAGUGCCUCUGCCGGCGGAGAUGUCCAAGUUCAAGGAGGACCUGCAGGCCAUCAGCGACUACAGGGCGAUUCACCCGGUAGUGUGGUACAUCUUUCGCGAGAUCUAUACCACGGAUGGCACCCCGGACAUCUGCAGGUGGAAGCUGGAAGUGUAUGCCGAAGAGGUGGCGGCCAUGAGGAGGACUAGGAUCCUGGGACCGAGUCAGACGAAGGCAAUACAUCAGCUCCGUAGGUUUGCGGCAAGGAUCAAGCGAACGGCACUCGAGGAGAGGGAGGCGAAGGAGAGACAGGCCUCGGAGGAACGGGAGAGGAUCGAAGAAGCGCAACGAAAAAUGACCAGCUACAGGCAUUACCAAGCCUGGCGCUCGUCGAAACGACUGCUCGUCGCCGACGAGGAACACGGUGCUAGCGCCGCAGACCUCUAAGAGACGACGUACCGUACCACCUUGCUGCGAAAAAAGGAGGAAAUACAAUGACCUAAACGCUAGAACGUGCUCCUUGGUCGUGAACUAACUUUUUCGCGCGUUUCCAACACAAACACCGGCAUGUUUCCCCCCCCUCCCGAAGGAAUGAUUUCACCUUAGGCUUCUCCCGUCAUGCUGGCCCCAUAUCGGAGAACCGCUCACUUACGGGCCCUUGCUGACCUGCGACGACGUCGUGGGCAGGGUAUGAACGUUAUCACACACCUUCUUCUGCCGGCCGAGGUUUCAAAAUCACUUGAAGUAUUGACGUUUCUAUGCAUAUGUAAUUUGUCUCUCACCAGUAGUCAAAUGGUGCACGAGUCGAAUGCACAAAGAUGAAUUUCUGAUCGAGGGGCAGUCAUUGUUCGUGCACUGGAGUAUUGUAUGUGCGGUAGGCGUCAUUGACGACAGGCGCCUAGAGGCCUCGAAGUACUUUGUUGACCUUGAGCUUGGUUGGGUCCCGUAGAAGAAAGAGAGGACUGCUGUGAACGUACAUCGUUUUCAAGGCAUGCGAUUUUGUCUUCUUCCUAUGAGUAACUCCCGCCGUGGGGAACCCGCCAAUAAUGGCGCCGAGAGGGAGAGAGCGGUUGGCGUAGCCAUUUGGGUGUCACGUGGUACGGAGGCUGCUACUGAUAUCCCGGGGGAGGCAACCGUGAGCGAUCUUUAUUCUCGAUCAGUUUCGACUCUACUACUGCCGAACCCUGCGCGUCUGUCACAUACCUCCUCCUAUCUGGACAUCCGGGAUGAAACCGGUAACACUGUAUGGCCAUCAUUUCUGUGUAUUUCACGCAGCAAAAUACACCUUGAAUCUUGCUUUGCUAGUUGAAGAGUAUAAAGCAGUGUGCAUUCCAUCGCCUUCUUCGGGUGCAGGACGCUGUACUCAUGUUCAAAUAUUCGUUCGGCGCCAUCGAAGCUAAGCGAAUUAUUAGCGAGUGGAGAAAGCGAUUAAUUCAGAUAAAUUGAGAGUCAUUCAGAUUCACUCAGAUUCAUUCAGGUUCUUUCUUUCGUGGUCGAUGGGUUGUAUCGUAAACCGUAGCCGAAAAUCGCGACUUGAUGUUCAUGUUGUCAGGAAAAUCGUGCGUCGAGACCACCAGUAGUCGGACACGGUUUGACCUUUGCAUACGAUUGCAGCAACUCGUCUGCGUAGCAGUAGAAAAGGAUCCAUCUCUCCUUGGCAUGUAUUCUCUUGUUCUAGAAAUAUUCCGGAAGCAUGCCAGGUCAAGGUUGACCGGGACAUCUUCUACGUAGAACUUGUGUAGCCUCUGGAAGCCUUCUGGAAACUUCUGGUUCCUUCUGUAGCUUCUGAAAGCCUUUCUGGAAACUCCUGGUUCCUUCUGUAAGCUACUGGAAGCGUUCUAGAUCUAGGUUGUAGUUGAUACUCUUCUAGAACGUAGGAGGGCUUCCAGAAAUCAUUCUGGCAGCAUUCUGGAUAUUUCGUGUAAUUGGCUUAUUUGUCCGGUAUUCGAGAAGAGUGGUGCAGCCCUAAGCUCGCCCACUCCUCUCACUCCUCUUCAGUACCAGCAACAUCUGACUCGGGAGUCAACAACUAAUAAAAACAUCUUCAUAUUUCCAUUCCAAGUCUCUCGCGGUUGGAGACGCACAGAUUGUGAACCUCUGAGGUAGGCUACACAGCCUCCUGGCAUCUGCAGUAUCGUAUUGCUGCUAGUGCACAGCGAAAUAUCGCUGACAUAUGUUUCACGUGUGAAUGCAGUAUUCUGUUGGUUCUGUCUUCGAGUGGUUGUUUGGGUUUUUGCUACAUUCAGCGAGCUUAGUUUUCCUGGAGUCAGCCACAAUUCACAACCACUCAACAAGAUGUUGUGAAUUGUGCAGUUGUACGGUUUCAUUGACAACUUCGGUGGAGCUAGCAUCGGGUAGAGAUUGUCUGAUGUGAAAUGAUGCAGUUGGUUGAGACUAGGGGUGAGUUGUGUACAUCAACGAUCCCCUUGCAUGUUUUCGGUGAGUCCUUCACUAUACUGGUGUUGCUAUUUUUCACCCUUGCCGCGAUUCUUGUGGGAUAUCAUCUUGUG